UAAAAUACCUUCUGGCAACGCCGACCAACACGCUCCUUUUCUUGUGCCGCCGCCUGACCAAUUCAAAUCUCUUCAUUUUCCGGAUUUCUUGACCCCAUCACCAUGUUCCCGCAGCGCAGCUCGGAUCUCUACCGCACGCCGGCGACCCAUCAACCACCCCCGGCUCUGGAGCUGGCCGGCAACCUGGAGUACCCGAAUCUCAACGUCGCAGAUCUGAACGCGCGCCUCGAGAACCUGUCUCCGCGACUCCACGACUGCUGGGACAGCAUCGCCAUCAAUGAGCACCAACAAAUCGCCCUGGCCACCAACCGACGCGAGGGAAGCCUCUGGUGGGGCAUGUUCUUCGGCUAUAGGCGGAGCCAGUUGAACCACAUGUCCGUGGACAGCGCCGACUUCAAGCUGCAGGCUGACCACACGGUUAACAUUGUGCGCUACGCGGAGAACGACGUGCUGCUGGUGGCCCUGGGCGACACACGCCUUCAGGCCUGGUCCACCUACUCCAAGGUGCGCAAUCUGCAGUCACCCUACUGCCUCUUCCUGUUGGGCGAAGCCUGCGCCCAUCCCACGCCCAUCAGCCACCUGAGCGUCUUCAAUGCGGAUCGACAAAAGGCCGUAUCGGGCUCACCGGAUGGCACGGUGAAUGUCUGGGAUUUCUCGGGCACCGAUCUGGUGAGCUGCUACCAUUCGCGCUGCGCCCAUACUGAUAAGUUGACCGCCCUGGCCACACCCUCAGGAUUGGCCGACAAGUUUGUGACCUGUGAUCGCGGUGGAUGCGCCCGCCUCUGGGAUGUCCGGGCAGCGGCUCCAUCUUCCACGUGCCUCUACGAAGACUCCUCGCAUCUGCUGAGCUUCACGAGCGCCGCCUGGGCUGCUGCAACUGAGCUGCAGGGAGACAAUUACGUUUAUAUUGGUGACUACGAUGGCCAGGUUCAUACCGUGGACAUCCGAGUGCCCAAGAAACUGGCGGAAACCCGGCAAUAUUUCGACAAGGGACAUGUAUCGCAACUUCUAAUCAAUGGGCCCCAUCUGGCGGCCAUGAGCAAUUUGCCCAGCUCCGUGAAAGUGGCCAAGGUGCAGGCGAACCAUGAGUUCAUCUACACGCACCAGGACACCCAUACCCGCCUGACGGACGCCGUUUGGAGCGAUGAUAGCACCCUCAUCACCAUAGGACAUGGCCGCAAGAUGGUGACACAUUCGAUCAAGUAAAUCCGCUGAAGGUCCUGUGAUGUUCUUUAGUUUUUUUUGCAUUUACUCUUUUUUAUAACGUAAGAUCCAUUUAGAUAUACCAUUCUUGGUCUGACCAGGUUCUAAAUAUUUUACAAGCCAAGCUCAACUUAAAACCAAUGUAUAUACGUAGAGGUAAAAAGACUUCACAAAAUAAUGUAAUUUUAACCAUCUUGCAAGUAAAAAUGUAUAAGCGGUUCGCAUACCAAACAA